AUGGCGGUAUCCACAAACACCGACAUAGAUUAUGGCGUCAUCUUUGGUCCCGUUAAUGUAGAGUCAUCAGCCCUGAAUCCAACUUCUCUGAUAGGAUUGAUGACGGGAGAUGGUAGAACUGAAAAGGAUGACAUUAAUUUAUCGCUGGAUCCAUUUGAAAUGUCAAAAAGGACACACGCCUUGGAAUGGCUCAUCUGUAUCCCCUCAGCGCGGAAUGAAGAGGAACAGAACAUGGAAGCUUACAGUAAGGGCGGGAAAGUGUAUUAUAGAACACUGAGAAUCAUAAAAGCCGGUGAGCCGUUAUUUGUGUGGUACAGCAAGGACUUCUGUCAGGCGUUACAAAUACAGAUCAUUAAAAGACACAGCGACCAAGAUGGGGAACAGUUGGUUUGUAACUUCUGUGGUGAAGUUUUUCAACAUGAAUUUCCACUGAUGGCUCAUCAUACUUUUAAAUGUGAAGAAAUUGUGAGUUCAAACUUCAGGGAAACAGAGAAAAAGAUCAAAAAUGAGUUAAAUUUACUAAAAUCAAAGCUGCACAAUAUCAUCAAUGAGAUAAUUUUAGAGAAAAAUGCGAAGUCUUCGAAAAACUUAGCAAAAUCUUUAAAACGCGAUUUUGAGUGUGUAGACAUUGCACAGGUUAAUACCCCGGACAAUGUUCGAAGACUGUCCAGCGACACUGUUUUGAACACAUACUCAGAUGCCAGUGCAUUUAGAAAAGUUGAAAAUGAUAACAGAAGUUUUUACACACCUCAUUCAACCCUUUCUAAUUUCUCUGGUAAACGUUAUAAAGUGAGUGAACCAUCAUCAGAUGUAGAUUUAUGUCUGUAUGGCUUCAAUUUUUCAUGUGUACAAACUUCACCCCAAACGUCUGUAAUGCCAAAGGUUUGUCAAAGUAACACUGUUCAACUUCCUCAUCCUCCGAUGUCACAGCAAGUCUCACAGAAUGGAUCAGUGAAAGCCAGUAUGAUCUUCUCGCUGUCAGAUCAAUGGAAACAGUACUUUAUGUCUGAGAGACCCAAUGCUGGAAUUCCAUAUAUGAAGAGUUCCAAUCCUAUGGUGGAAAAAAUCUUACAAAACACAUCACCAGUGGCUGUUAAAUCUCCUGUCAACGCUAUGGUAUUGUCUCAGAACUGGUGUGCCAAGUGUAAUACUUCUUUUCGCAUGACAAGUGAUCUCGUGUAUCACAUGAGAUCUCAUCAUAAACGAGAAUUUGACCCUGUAAAAAAGAAACGCGAUGACAAACUGAGAUGCAACAUAUGUCAGGAAACCUUUCGUGAGAGACACCACCUAACUCGUCACAUGACGUCUCAUGUCUAAACAAAUGCGAACCUCUUUACUGUAUAUUGAAUUGUAAUAGCGUCCUGUUUCUUACUAUUGAAUGUAAGUAUUUAUAUAAUUUAAUUAUCACAUGUUAACUCCUUUAUACAGUGGAUAUAGCUCAUAAUAUGUCGUUUUCAUAUCCACAGUUGUG